AUGAUCUUGUUUUACUUUCAAAUAUUGCGUCGCAUGUUGAAUUUUAUGAGGAGAAUACUCCAUACAUCAUUUUUUUUUGUAGACAACAUUAAAGACGGCUCUUCGAAGCUCAAUGCAAUUUUUGUAGUAGUAAGUGAGUAAGCUAUUUCUCGCUAAACAUGUGAUGUAUGGGUUAAGAAAAAGCUGUAAGAUUUCAGUCAAUCGAGGAACAAUCAUUCUUACGCCCCAGCUGUUACAUGCUCAGCAGUGAGCUACCUACAAUUUCAAUCAUCAAAACAAAACAAUUAUUAGUUUAUACCUUGUCUUACAUAAAUUUCUGUUCGUAUUAUUGUGUCCUGCUAUCAUGAAAAUAGUCCCUUCUACAUUAAUUAGUAGAAUCUUUGGUAAAAUUUCCGCACAGCCCCAUACUAUUGUAAAACAAAUCUGUUUUCCUAAUGGCAAUUUAUUGUUUUUGUCAUUUUUUUCUCUAUCUAAGAACUGAAUGCAUGAUGUAGUAUGGGGUUGUGCGGAAAUUUUACCGAAUCUUUUAGGCGUCAUUCAUGUACGAUUUAACGACAGUAACAAUCUUAAGAAAAAAAUUGAAUAAAAAAAAAGGGAUUGUAGGGAUUUUUUAAAAAGAGAGCUAGUUUGAGAAACAACCUUCUUGUUUGCCCAAUCAAAUAUUUGUACUUAGCUAAAUCAACCAAUUUCAGCCAACACAAAUUAUAACACAUAGACACAAAAACAGACUCAAAUUACAUCCAUCCAUGUUCAUAAGAAAACUCAGUCACUGUUUAUAAUGCAGUUGAAACUUGCUAGCUUUCCUCUCUUUGAAGAAAAGAACAAAUCCACAAUUAAUGUUGUGUAAGAGAUUUUGCUAACUGCAGGAAUGUUGUUUUGCACUGCACCUGGGAAACUGGGAGAGUGUGACAUUGUCUUGUGACCCCAGUAGCCACUCAAAAUGUUUCCUCAAUUUACUGAUUGAGAUUUUUAAAAUGUUUAAGUAAAAAAUUUCAGCUUGCCCACUGACUCAGAGAAUGUCAGUUUAUCCCAAACAGUCCAGAAAGUCCAAAUUGAGGGCUAAAAAAUUUAUAUUUAGUGAGGAAAGUGGAAAGUAAGUGUGUAUUAGUAGAAAAGUAUGAAAUGAUAUGACACAUAAUUGUAAUAAAUAAUAAGUACACAAAAAUUUUACUAACACUGUAAACUUUUCUUGACCCACAACUUGGUGCAAUUUGUCCUAACUGUGCUUACAGUGAGAACUGGCUAACUUGCAGACCUCCUUGUUGCUAUCUUAAUUUUAUUUUAUGAUGAUUCAUUUGGGAGGUUACAGUUGUAUAAUUUGUAAGUGGGUAGAAACAAAGCAAUAAGUCACCUCUCAAAUAAAUCAUCACAUUUCAAUCAGUUGGAAACGAGAAUGUCAAUCAGUCAUCAGAAUCUGUCAAGCAUUUCAAAAUGCACCUGAAAUAGUUUGAGAACCCCAGCAAAUGAUAAUAAGUAUGUUAUAACAUAUGUGAUUAUUAAAGUUGCAGGAUAUCAUCAUGUCUCAUGUGCCAGCCAAGAUAGUACUCAAGAGCACAACCACCAAGUCACUAAAUGAUCGGUGAGCAAUGCACCUUGUAUCUUGCUGUACAUGGCAUUAUUGUACCUUUGAGCUGGCUUCCUGUUGCAAUUUUGUCCUAAGAACUUUAGGAGCUUUGAAAGGGUCAUCACUGACCAUCAAUCACAAGCCAUAUGGGAAGUGGCAAAAAUUUAUACCAUGCAGUUAAUAUUGUUAAGGCUUGAUGAAAAGGCUUUAAGAAAGUCAUGGCCUGGUUGUAAUUUGCUUUUUGAGUGAAAAGUGAAAUGCAUACAAGCACAUUGAGUGCAUGGUUACAUUGAAGCCAGUAAUAUAUACAAGGUACAAAUUCCUGCUCUCCAUCCAUCUUCUGAAGCUUCACUGAAAUGGCCAAAACUCAAGUCAGAUCACCCCCUCAAGUAACUGUCACUGGAGUGCGGAGCAAUCAGUUCCAGGUGGCUCAAGCUAGCAUGAAGAAUCGUCGCCUUGCUGCCCAGAUGGCCAACAGACCAGGUGUCCAAGCAGCCCUUGGAGGAAACACAUCUGACCUUAAAAGUCGACUUGGCUCACCAACAAGAGGAAGAGGUGCAAAUAGAGGGUUAUUAAAAAACCGAUUGGGUAGUCCAGCUGUUGGUGGAAGAAUUCAUAGUGGGGGUCAAGUUGGUUUAGGAGGUGGAUUAAGGCGGUCUAGUAAUGUUCGUGGUGUGAGCCGAGCAAGAAGAGGUGGUGGUCUAGUUGGCCGUGGUGGUCGUGGUGUUGUGAAAGCCAUCACUCGUGGUGGACGUGGUGGGCGUGGUGGUAGAGGAGCAAAAAAUGUAACCAGGGGACGUGGACGGGGUCAUGGCCGAGGUGACAAGUCUGUGUCAAAGGAUAGGUUGGAUGAGGAACUUGACAAGUACAUGUCUAAAACCAAAAGCCAUCUGGAUGCAGAAUUAGAUGCAUACAUGCAGAAUGUAGUUGGAGAUGAAAAUUAAUCUGAAGAUAAGACAAAGAUUGGUAUGGCUGCUCUAAAGUGGAUGAUAAAUUUGUCAACCUGUUAAAACUGCAUAGCUACAACAACUGUUAUGGGGAUCAUUUGUUUAACAACUGAUGGUAAAGAACUUGUUUUCAUGGAUUUUGUCAUUUACAACUACAGAUAUUUUGGAAGAGUGGAAACUUUAUAUCAUGUCUUCUAUAAUCAGUAGACUGAACAUUCAUUACAUCAGUGACGUAUUUAAGUUUUCUUUGUUUACUUCAAUUUGUAAAUAUGCAUUGUAGCCACUUUUUGUUGUACUCUCAUCAACUUCUGUUAUAAUACAUAGUUGAUGUCAUAUUCUAUAACAGUAAGCAGUUGAGAUAUUUUUUACAUGUUUUGUCAUGCUUACGGUGUUUGAUACAAUGAGACUGUUAAUUUCACUUUGAAACUUGAACAGCUAAGAUCUCAUAGGCCUUCCUUGUUAAUUAAGUUUUCUUUGGUUUCCAUUUUAAUAACAAUACUUAACAUUUGAAUGAGAAAGAAGUAGAAGUAAUACAGCUGAAACAGUUUUUAGAGUUCCUACCGUCCAUGAUAGGUCAUCCUGUUCAGUUCAUUAUAUUGGCAUUACUUUUGUUAUAGGGCUUUUUUUAUUUAGCCCUGUCAUGGCAAGUGCAUCUUAAGAAGAAUUGGCCCAAAUUGGCAAGUGCCUGGUUUGUUAUCCAUUUUGAUUGCUUGCAUUCUUAGCCACAUUAGGUCCAUUUUGGUCAAUUUUUCCCACACAAACAGUAUUAAGUUAAAGAUUUCUUGUUUUUAAAGGAAAUUCUCCUUGAUGCAAACAUAAUUAUCAUGAUGCAGCUUUUACAAUUUAUCUCUAUGCCUUUUAAAUAAAACAAUGCAAUGUCACUUCACAAUUAUGAAUGUUUUGUACAUGGCUCAUCCAGUAUGAAUGGUGUUGGAAUAAGCUUUAUCCCAUUGUUCUUUACAUCAAUAAUAA